AUGCCGAGCCUAGCAGAAGUUAAGGAAUUGUUGAAGGUGCUUGACAAAAAUGGCGACAUGAAGGUCUCAGUGGAGGAGUUGCAUUCCUUCCUCAGCACCGAAAAAUGCACCUUGGACAAGGCCAAGGUUGAGGCCUUCAUCAAGGCGAAUGAUAAGAACCAGGACGGAAAGCUGGAUUUGAACGAGCUCGCGGCGAUCCUGGCGCAUUAA